AUGCUUCCUUCACCCCAGCUUGAUCCAGACACACAGAAGUUUGCAGAUCACCUCAAUGCUUACCUAAGCGGCGAAACCGACGACACCUAUGCUGCGGCAAAUUACUACGACUACAUCUCACUCCACAAACACCUUCUCCAAUCGGAUGAUCCAUUAUGUAAUCCUGUUUUGACCACCAUCAUGCCGUUGCUUUCGAGGAUCUUGAACCUGGACCGCUACCACACCGACUACGUCAAGUUCUUGAGUGAUUUCUUGAUGCUUGUGCCAAUUAAGACAACAUGGGUGUACUUUCCAAAAGACGAAAUGGUAAAGACAUUGGAGUACCCCAGUCCGGUGGACUUGUACACUGCCACGGUGGAUAUGGUGGCGUGGCGGAUCUCUGCUGGUGAUCCGGACGCGUUGGAUUUUGUGGACAAGUCGCUGUUUUUGACUAAAGCGCUCCAGAGAUGCUUAUCAGACCACUCCAUUCCAGCGAGGUUCUGGACGGUGGAGCCUUUGGUGCAGAGCUGUGACGAGAAGCUCUUGGAUGAGCUUGUGGCGGAUCUCGUGCAUGCGGUGGAGCUCGUGUCCUUGGGAUCGGAUUGCAACUUGAGCACGAGGUACAUGGCCAUCACUGAGAGAAUCAUUGCACGGCGCCUCGAUUUGACCAAAAAGACCUACGAUAAGAUCACCGAGGUGGUUGAGUUGGAUUACUUGGCGGACAGCGACCCGUCCGACCCGUUGAUGUACGAUCUUACGGUUGAUUUCUACACAUCCUUGGUGGGCCUUAUAGACAAGCUGCAUGAGCUCUUCCUACUGCUUCAGCCGGUGUUGCAGACCACGUUGGCUGCCCUAGCGGAGAAAUUGAAGAGCAAGGAGUCGUAUUUGAGUACCAGUCUUGGGGCUCUAUUCGGCAAGCUCACAUACUGCAAGAAUGAAGAAAUCGUGACUUGGGCCCAGGAGGAGAAGUCCGUCAACGCCAUCCUAGAUAGCCUUAUUUUGGAGAGCCCCACCCAUCGCCAGAUUCUCGACUUGAUGAACUUUGGGUUCAUUCCUGACAAACACAAAUUCUUCAACGACCACUUUGCUAAUCGGGAAUUGUCAAGAAGCUCGGAUGUAUUGCCAAUCAUUGCUCACGCUAUAGAGGACCCUGAGUUCUUCCGCUUAUUUGCAGACUACGACAAACUCUCCAACAGCGCUUUGUCGCAAAUGCAAAAGAACCAGCUCUACGAGUUGCUUGAAGUAAUCACCCGUUAUGACCAUUCCGCUAACUACCUUUUGAGCGAAAUGCCCACGGUGGUGCUGACAUACUUGGUGGAAGUUCCUGGUGAUAUUUCCCACCCAUUGAUUACAAAGCACCUCCGCUCCGCUCUUGAAAACCUUAUAUCAAACAAGGAUCUCGAUCUUGGAGUAUGGGAACAGGGACUCAAGAGCCUGCUACAUAGUUUGGUCAAUGGUCGCCCUAAAGGGCCCCAGGUUGAUGUCCAGGACAAAGCAUUUUGA